GCCCUCCAGAUAUCAGUGUCUGAGUAUCGGUUGAAUGGAUCCAAAUUGAGACGUAAUGUUCCGGUGAAGAGCACUGGGUCUUUUAUAAAGAUGCUGACCGGAAGUCUACAUGAGAUACGGUUCGAGUGGCCGGAGAAAAAAUUGUCGGCCGACGGGUUGGACAACAAUAUUGAGGACAGAACUGAAGAGAUGAAAGUGUUAGACGAGAGCGUAAUGAAGACCAAUGCUGUCGCUUAUAUUAAUGAUGAGAUGGGUUUGCAUAGAGUGGAGAACCGAAGCCAUACCUAUCGGGCGGUUUCCCUACACCUCUAUAUACCGCCGUAUUCUAAGUGUCAAACGUUUGAUGAGAGGACCGGACAUCGAAAUGAGGCUAAAGUGACUUGGAAAAUUUGGAUUCCUUUAUUAAAGUGCUUUUGGAUGGAGUUAUUGACUGGAAGUGCAGUCAAACUAAUAGCUAUUUGUCUGGAAUUCAUGAGCCCUAUAGUACUCGAUAGACUCAUUUCAUUCAUGAGUCCCACUAAUGCUGAGCCCCAGUGGAGGGGUUUAUUCUACGCCUCCCUUAUGUUUAUUACCCCUCUGUUUGUGUCGCUAUUAAACAGUCAAUACGAAUAUCGGGUUAAUUUAGUGGCGAUGAAAAUCAGAGCUACUCUUAUAUCGACUAUUUAUAAAAAGUUGAAUAUCUAUAGAUAUGAAUAA